AUGGAUAGUGUUAUUUCCGCAUUUAGCACGCAUUCUUAUAAGCCUCCUCCGAUAUUUGGCCCUUACACUGUCAAGGCCGAUCAGUAUAGCCCGUUCUCUGGUAUGAUGGAACCGGUCACACACAUACAAUACAGUCUAUCAGGGAAGAGUGGGAUUACACUUGAUUGGAACAGAAGGCUUAGAAUAGCACUUGGUUCAGGGAAGGGUCUGGCUUAUCUUCACAGAGACAUCCAAUCAUACACAGAGACAUCAAAUCAAAUAACAUAUUACUUGAUGACAGUCUAA